CAUUGAGUGUGGUUCCGGUGGGGUCGAUCACCACUGCGUCCUAUACGCUAUUUCAAACUUACUCGCGUUCUAAUAGAACGCUUACGCGCGAACUAAAUUUAAAAAUAUAUAAAAACUUUUUCGAAAUAUGAGUGUGACAUGACAAGUAAAUUAGAUGUCAUUUAUGGCGGCAAUUUUUUUAUGUGAAGUGUGAAUAAAUUUAUUGCAAAAAUGAAGAAUUUAAACUGUGACUGUUUUGUGCGAGGUUUUAUAUUUUUCGUGAGCGCAUUUGGAGUUGAUGCUGUCCAAAGAUUCGUGGAAUUUCCAACGUAUACAGAAGUGAACCCAGGUGAAGAUGCUCUCCUCAAGUGCCGGAUAUCAGACAAAAAAGGAGUUUGUUCCUGGCAGAAGGACAAUAAGCCCGUCGGCAUCUACAGAGGAAAGUAUGAAUGGGCUAACGAAAAUAGCCCCAUCGGUGGUGACUGUUCCCUGUGGGUGAGGGCUGCUACCCUCCAGCUAGAUGAUGGUCAGUGGCAGUGCCAGGUUACAGCCAGUAAUUAUGAUGUUCAGGACGCAUUAUCAAGUCCACCCGCAGCUUUAGCAGUACGAGUACCACCGCAAACACCUAGGAUUCUGUUCAACGGAUCCCAUGUUCUACCAGGCCAGAACAUCACAGUCGCAGCAGGGUCCAGGGCGACUGUGGUCUGCGAGGCUAGAUAUGGGAACCCACCAGCGUACAUCGAGUGGUAUUUGGAUAAGGAGCGACUGACUGCAUGGAGCCAAACAAAUGCUUCAGAAGUUGAGAGACCCAGGGUUUGGGCUGCAAGAUCGGUUUUAGAGCUUGGUGCAUCCAGAUCAGCGCAUGGCAGACAGCUGUCCUGCAGAUCACACCACCCUUCCUACCCAUCGCCAUAUUACAGAGACUCUUACACCAUGCUCGAUGUUACAUUUGUCCCAGUAGUCUCUAUAGUUGGUUCAGACGCCAGUAGUCUUGCCAGCCUGGAAGAAGGCUCCAGCGCUUUAACUCUGGAAUGCCGUGCUGAUGGCAACCCAAGCCCAUAUGUCUGGUGGACGAAAGAUGGACAAGUUAUAGGCACGAAUGGUCCCCGGCUUAUAAGGGCGCCUGUGUACAGGAAUCACUCGGGUAUUUACGGAUGUCAAGCAAGAAACUCUUUGGGUACAUCAGAACCUGUCAAAAUAGAAAUUGAUGUUAAAUACCCGCCUCGCGUGAUCUGGGUAGGUCCAGAUACAGUAGUGGAAGCCAAUUUGUUCACUCAAGUGACCUUGGAAUGUAAAGCUGAGGGAAACCCACCACCGAGUUACCAGUGGUAUCAUAAUCCAUCACCAGCAAUAAGUUCACAUCCUGAUGAAGGCUAUCCGAUAUCAUCAACCCCUCAGCUUCAGCUCCAUAAUGUGUCAUAUACGCAACAUGGGAGAUACACUUGCGUGGCCAUCAACCAUAUUGGACUAGAAGAACGAACCCACCAAUCAGAAGCAAUAACCCUGAACGUGCUGGGCCCACCCGUUGGUGCUGAGACCGGAACAGCUCACGCAUGGAGUGGAGGAGAGGCCAAAGUCCAAGCAACUGUUUGUGCUGACCCUCCUCCACGAAGAGCUGCUUGGCUCUGGGGCAGUUUGCGGCUGGAUGUCCCUUCGUCUAUUGGACGCUAUAAAGCAAUAGACGCAGCGAAUAUAAACGGGUGCUAUCGCUACACGCUGACUAUAAGUAGCGUCAGCAUGUCGGACGCUCGCGUGUACGUCCUGCACGUUGAGAACGAACGCGGUUUUUCUUCUCAUGCUGUCUCUCUUACUGUGCAUGAUAAUUUUUCGCUAACAGAGACGGCGCACGUUGCCCCACUCAUAGUGGCAGCUCUCCUUAUUGCGGCACUCCUUGUCAUAGUGCUGUGCCUUAUAUUGAGAUGUCGACGGAAACGAGAAAGUGUCGAGUACAAAGCUGAUGAUUUAGAUAAUGAGAAGGCAGUCCUCCCAGCGGACGCGGUAUACGCCCCGCGGGACCAGACUCGAGUCCCACGUACUGCAGAACCCGUGUCGUCUCGAUAUUCGCCAGCGGCGUUGCAGGUCCGCCGCGCAGCCGUCGUGCUUCAACCACCCACUACCGUGUGAAUCGCACAGGCAGCUUUGUCGUCGCUAGAGAGAGAAGCCAAAGAAAAUGUAUACGCGGUGUUGGAUCCGCAUAUACAAUACGAAUUAACGAUAAACAAGCACGGCGAACCGCCUAAGUAUUUAUCGCUGUCCAAGCCUCUAACUCACCAAAGAACGCACGCUUUCGAUCCGCUAAAUUUUAAAAACGAAGUUAAUAAUAACGAUAUUCAGUUUACUACCUUCAAACAAGAACCGCGAGCCAGGCGGUCCGAUAGAAGUAGUAAACGAAGUAAUAGAAAUAAGAAUUUUGUUUCUAAUAGUAAUUUUGAUAUAGAGUAUUCAAGAGAUCCGUUUUUUGGCAAAGUUAAAUCGGAUAAAGAGAUACUAAGAAAUAAAUUACGUAAGAGUAAACAAAGUAUUUAUGAAAAGAAUACAACAGGAAGGAAAAAUAUUAAUGUACAAAUUGAAACAAAUGAACCAGAUUCACAAUUGAAAAAAGAUAUAAGAUAUAGUGAAAAGGAACGCUGCGUUGAAGAUUUGACUGAGUCACAUGAAGUACAACAUAAGAAUAUCGAUAUAGAUUGUAUGCCGAAACCAGGUAAAGUUAAGGAAAUUGCAUUGAGGUUUGAUAGAAAUAGCGUGAACAAUUCCCGGCAGUCAAUAAGGACUGAUAGACCGAAACCUUUGCAAAGUUUUUGUGAUCAAAGAUACUUAGACCAUGUGUUCCCAGAUGCUGUAGAGAUAUAAAAUUAGUUUGUAAGUAUUGUAAAUGUACUUAGAUCUCCU